UCAGGGGAGCACCUGCGAAUCUGCCCACAAGGCUACACCUGCUGCACCAGUGAGAUGGAGGAGAACUUUGCGAACAAGAGCCGCAGUGAAUUUGAAGCCAUGAUGAAAGAGGCUGGUCGCUCUGUGCAGGCAACCCUAACAGCACAGCACAGGAGCUUUGACAGUUAUUUCCAAGAUUUGUUGAACAAGUCAGAAAAAGCCCUUUACGAUGCUUUUCCAAGCGUGUAUGGAGAAUUGUACACUCAAAAUAUGAAGGUCUUCAAGGACUUGUACAGCGAGUUACGCCGCUACUACCGGAGCUCCAACAUCAACUUGGAAGAGGCCCUCAACGAGUUCUGGACACGCUUGCUGGAGCGACUCUUCAAGCUGAUGAAUCCCCAGUACCAUAUCACAGAUGAGUACCUGGACUGCAUGGUGAAACACGCGGAGCAGCACAAACCCUUCGGGGAAGUUCCCAGGGACCUGAAGGUGAAGGCAACCCGAGCCUUCAUCGCAGCACGCUCCUACGCCCAGGGCUUCCUCGUGGGCAGUGACGUGGUCAAAAAGGUGUCUCAG